GCCGGCCGUGGCCAGCAUUCGGUGCCGCCCGGAGCCGGGAGUGCGGCCCGAGCGAGGCGCGGGCUGUGGGGCCGCCGCGUGCCCGGCCCCGCUCGCCCGUGCCCGCCCGCUCGCCAUGCCCGGCUUCGACUACAAGUUCCUGGAGAAGCCCAAGCGGCGACUGCUGUGCCCGCUGUGCGGGAAGCCUAUGCGCGAGCCCGUGCAGGUUUCUACCUGCGGCCACCGCUUCUGCGACACCUGCCUGCAGGAGUUCCUCAGUGAAGGAGUCUUCAAAUGCCCCGAGGACCAGCUUCCUCUGGACUAUGCCAAGAUCUACCCGGACCCAGAGCUGGAGGUACAGGUACUCAGCCUGCCUAUCCGCUGCAUCCACAGUGAGGAGGGCUGCCGCUGGAGUGGGCCGCUUCGCCACCUGCAGGGUCACCUGAAUACCUGCAGCUUCAAUGUGGUCCCCUGCCCCAAUCGCUGCCCCACAAAGCUGAGCCGCCGAGACCUGCCGGCACACUUGCAACACGACUGCCCCAAGCGGCGCCUCAAGUGCGAGUUCUGUGGCUGUGACUUCAGUGGGGAGGCCUUUGAGAGUCACGAGGGUGUGUGUCCCCAAGAGAGUGUGUACUGUGAGAACAAGUGUGGUGCCCGCAUGAUGCGACGGCUACUAAGCCAGCAUGCCACCUCUGAGUGUCCCAAGCGCACCCAGCCCUGCACAUACUGCACCAAGGAGUUCGUCUUCGACACCAUCCAGAGCCACCAGUACCAGUGCCCAAGGUUGCCUGUGCCCUGCCCCAACCAGUGUGGUGUGGGAACCGUGGCUCGGGAGGAUCUGCCAGGCCACCUGAAGGACAGCUGUAGCACUGCCCUAGUGCUGUGUCCAUUCAAGGACUCCGGCUGCAAGCACAGGUGCCCUAAGCUGGCAAUGGCGAGACAUGUGGAGGAGAGCGUGAAGCCCCAUCUGGCCAUGAUGUGUGCCCUGGUGAACCGGCAGCGGCAGGAGCUGCAGGAGCUGCGUAGGGAGCUGGAGGAGCUGUCCGUGGGCAGUGACGGUGUGCUCAUCUGGAAGAUUGGCAGUUACGGGCGACGGCUGCAGGAAGCCAAAGCCAAGCCCAACCUCGAGUGCUUUAGCCCGGCCUUCUACACUCAUAAGUAUGGCUACAAGCUGCAGGUGUCUGCAUUCCUCAAUGGCAAUGGCAGUGGUGAGGGCACACAUCUCUCGCUCUACAUUCGUGUGCUGCCAGGUGCCUUUGACAAUCUCCUUGAGUGGCCCUUUGCCCGCCGGGUCACCUUCUCCUUACUGGAUCAGAGUGACCCUGGGUUGGCUAAGCCACAGCAUGUCACUGAGACCUUUCACCCCGACCCAAACUGGAAGAAUUUCCAAAAACCAGGCACUUGGCGGGGCUCCCUGGAUGAGAGUUCUCUGGGCUUUGGUUACCCCAAGUUCAUCUCCCACCAGGAUAUCCGCAAGCGAAACUAUGUGCGGGAUGAUGCAGUCUUCAUCCGUGCCUCCGUUGAAUUACCCCGGAAGAUCCUCAGCUGAGCACACACAGGGCUCCAGGAGAAAGGGGGGUGAGACACGACCUCUGUCAGGCACUGGCUGAGCCUGGGGAAGGGGGCAGGACCCUCUUUCGGCUGCUUCUGCAGCCUAGGUUCUGUUACCCUACCCCUCCUCCCCCUUCCUUACCACCCUCAGGUGCCUCCUAUUGGUGCUUCAGCCCUGGCCCCUGUGGCAAGCAGGUCUUGGGGUCGUCAAGGGCUUGGAAACAAGUGAUCCUAGGGCCUGUCUCCUCUCCUGGGCAGGGCAAACAUGCCUUGGUGCCAGCCACACUCUACCUGGACUGAGAUGCCUGCUGGUGCUAUGUCCCACGAGCCAUAGGGGGAAGGGGGAGUUGGGUAGUUAAAACAAUCUGUCUUGAGAUCUGAUUUCUCUUCCCCUUUCCCCAGCUGUACCUUCUCUGGUUAUUUAUUUACUUAGUGCCAGGAGGGCGCAGCAGGGGAGCCCUGAUUUUUAAUAAAUCCUGAAUUGUAUUUAUUAAUUUGGUUCCAGUCUGACUCAUCUGUGUUGGUUAGGGUCCCGGAAGGCUGGGCCCGACGGAGAAAGCAAAGGAGCAGUCCGAGAUAGGCUGCAGCCACUCUGGCGCCAGGAUCCAGCUGCCCUGCUGGGUUGCCCUCUGGUGGACGACAGGGGAAGUGCAUCAGGCUUUGUGGAUGAGAUGCCUGCGCUGUCCUCUGGUGGUUAAACGGCGAAGGCGCAGGUUCUGAACAUUACAAAGUUGGAAUCCCGGAGACCGAGUGCCUCUGCCCUGGGCAAGUCUUUCUUGGUCUAGUGAUAAUAGCUACCACUUAUCUAGUACUUUCAUGUGGCACACACUGCUAAGCCCUCUACCUCUGUUAUUUAAUACAACAGUGGAGUUAAAUAGCUUUUAUCACAAUACAAGAGCCUACCUUAGUAGGCUGUAGUGAAGACUUAAUCAGACAAACCAUGUUUCCAGCACAAAAUAAAUGCUCGAUGAAUGUUAACCUGACUUCAAAGUCCAGCCCACAUCCAGAGACUGAGUGAAGGGGCCUUCAAGGUGUACAAGGCAAUUGGAUUUUCCUCGUCCUUACUCACUUUGUUUUCCUGUUAAGCCUCGGUGAGUGCCUGUGAUUAUUUACUUACCUGAUGAAGAGGAGUGAGUUGACUUUCAGUGGUCUUUAAGCUGGUUUUGGGCAGGGCCUGGGUUGUUUUAAGCUCCAGCAAUCCUUAGAAAUAUAGCUCCUUUUAAUUUUGCCAGUAGUUGGAUUUCAGUUUGGACCCUUGCUGUGCUUCCUUUUUGACAGAUUACUUAGUUAUAUGUGGGGCAUCUUUGUUCUCACUGGUAAAAUUAGAGUAAUCCUGCUCACCUAGAUUUGUUGUAAGGAUGAGCCAGUCAAUAUAAAGCACCUUAAUCUUGGCUGGCCCUGAGAAGCCCUGUAAUGGAAACAUCUAUUGAAGGGAAGGUUCAAAGGCUGUAGUUUUUCUUGCCUUCACCACAGAGAGCUCAGGUGAAAGGAGCCCUUCUCAGAAAGUGACAGGAGAGGACAGCCUGUCACAGCCAGCCUUGGAAACCAGCUUAGCCUUUCAAAAAGUCAAAUUCACUGAUCUAGGGAGUGACUGGGGGCCCUGAGUGCCUUUCUGAUCAAGACAGACCCUUCACCAGCUAAACCAUCUUGGUACAGGGAUGCCUGGAAGCUGGUGGGGUAACUAUGGGAUCUAGCAGAAGAAAUGCCUUCACUUAAGCGCUUGCUCCAGGCAACAGGUGGAACCACCUUUCCAGCAGAAUGUGCCUCCCACAGCUGUGUGCAACACGAGGGGAUUGCAGUCAACCACACCCAGGCCUGGCCCUCCCAGCUGUUGCAGGCAGUCAUGGUUGCCUUGUGAAACUCAGGCCAGGUUUUGCAACAAAGUGUGAGCUGCACUCUCACCUGUCUACACUACCUCUGUGACCUGGGGCUGACUGCAGUUCUCCUGGCAGGCGUAACAGGGCUUUCUUUCACAGGGGUGGCUUGAGUAGGGAAGGAGGGAAAGCCCCUUUACAGCGGGCAACUUGCAGAUACAACUAUGCCCACAAGGGGAGAGCGCUUCCCACUCCCAACAGUAUUCUGCCAGCCAUCGCUGACUCCUGCUACUCAGUAUGACUCCACCCUCACUGAAUCCCACAUCUUGUGCAAUCUUUCCCUUCCUCCAUCAUGCUGUGGCCCAAAUCCAUACUCAGCAGAAGGAAAUGGGGAAUCUAGUUGACCUCUGAACAACUAGGCUUGAACUGUGGAUUUUUUCAAU